ACACCUGUGUAUGUGUGUGUGUGUUUAUUGUAGAACAAGAAGCAGAGGAUGAUGGUCCGAGCAGCAGUGCUGAAGAUGAAGGACCCACGUCAGAUCAUCAAAGAUAUGGAGAAACUCGACGAGAUGGAGUUCAAUCCGGUGCAGCAGCCGCUGCUGAAUGAGAAAGUUCUGCGUGACAAACGGAAGAAGCUGCGUGAGACGUUCGAGCGAAUCGUCCGUCUGUACGAGCGAGAGAAUCCAGAGAUGUACAAAGAGCUGCGCAAGCUUGAGGUGGAGUACGAGACCAAGAGAGGACAGCUGUCGCUCUACUUCGACUCCGUCAAGAACGCUGAGUCCGUCGAGGUGGACAGUAUUCCUCUUCCAGACAUGCCUCAUGCUCCAUCCAGCAUCCUCAUCCAGGACAUUCCCCUUCCUGGAGCUCAGCCGCCCUCCAUCCUGAAGAAGAGCUCUGCACUUGGGAAGGGCUCAGCGCUGUCAGCGGCCGCUCUAGCUGGAGUUCCUCGCCUGCCGCCGGGACGCAAACCCCCGGGACCCCCGCCGGGGCCGGCUCCGCCGCAGGUCCUGCAGCUGUACGCUAACACUCGACACACAGAGGGUGGCGGUUCAGACUCUGAGAUGAUGGACACCGGAGGGAGAGACAGCGACAGCGAUGCAGACGACGACAGCGACUCGCAGGACGACAGCGGCGCAGAGAGAGACGACGCAGAUGCUGACGCCAGAAUGACAUCAGAUCGCCAUGACGACAGAGACGAGGAUAAACACACAGGUCGCAGCGUGCGAUUCGCUGACAUGCCGCCGCCCAAAGAGAAGAGGACGAGGAGGGUGAUGAAGACGAAGAGCAUCACACCACUGCAGGCCAUGAUGCUCCGGAUGGCAGGUCAGUCUAUCCCGGAGGAUGAGGAGGAGGAGGAUGAUGAUGAGGAUGAAGAGGAGUACACAGACUCUGAGGAGUCGGAUACUGAGGAUCAGGUCUCCACUGAAGCCACUCAGUCACUGGUCAAUCCUAGACUUCCUGUUCCGUCUGCACCAAUGGCAGCGCAGCAGCCUCCUCCACACAUGCAGGCUCCACCAAUCACAGGGCCUCCUCCUUUAGGACCGCCUCCUGCUCCCCCAAUGAGGCCGCCGGGACCGCCGUCAGGCCCGCCCCCAGGACCGCCUCCCGGUGCUCCUCCGUUCCUGAGGCCCCCUGGACUCCCCGUGGCCCUCAGGGGCCCCAUACCACGCAUGCUGCCUCCGGGGCCCCCGCCGGGACGCCCGCCCGGACCCCCG